AUUCAAUUACUCUUACGAGAUACAACGGGACCACGUGCGAAAGUUGGAUAAACUAAAGGAGGAAUUCUUAGCGAUGUACUCAAACCCUGUUAUUACUACUAAAAAUGCAGAAGAUUACGAAAUACUGAAAACUUUGGGAAAAGGCGGGUGUUCAACAAUUUUUCUAGCUCGAGAUAAAAUAACCUUUGAAAUACUUACAAUAAAAGCAAUAGAGAAAGAAGAAAUAGUUGAAAAGAAACAUAUCAAACAGAUAUUGUUUGAAAAAAAGAUUUUGCAAAGUGUUAAUUUUCCAUUUAUUACCACUAUGACAGCAGGUUUUACAGAUAAUGUGUAUGUGUAUUUUGUAAUACCCUUUGAAUCUGGGGGUGAACUUUUUACUUUAAUUCGAAAGUCAAGGUCACUAUCAGAAACGCUGGCAAAAUUUUAUGCAGGACAAGUGGUUUUAGGUGUAGAAUAUCUUCAUCAUUGUUCUGUAAUUCACAGGGAUAUAAAGCCAGAAAACAUCUUCAUAAGUAGAGAAGGUUACUUAAAAUUAGGUGAUUUUGGAUUCAGCAAGAUAAUUGAAUCUAGAACAUGGACUUUGUGUGGAACUCCAGAAUAUUUAGCUCCAGAAAUAAUUCUAUCAAAAGGCUAUUCGUUCGCCAUAGAUUGGUGGGCAACGGGAGUUCUCAUUUAUGAAAUGACUUGUGGUUAUACACCAUUUUAUUCAAGUAGUAAAGAAAAACAAUAUGAUAGAAUUAUAAGUGGUUCAUACAAAAUACCGGAUGAAGUGAAUCCGGCAUGUAAAGCAUUGAUAAGGAGUUUAUUGGUUGUAGACCCAACGAAACGAUAUGGAUCUCUCAAAGAUGGAGUAUAUGACAUAAAAAAUGCCAAAUGGUUUAGUGAUAUAGACUGGUCUGCGUUACUUAAUAGAAAAAUCCAACCACCUUUUGUCCCAGAAGUACAAAAUGAGGGAGACGCUGAGAAUUUUCCGGAAUGCGAAGACGUGAGGUUAAAAAAGCGUUCAAUGUGUCUUUAUGAAAAUGAAUUUGCAGAGUUUUAGCUGAAAUUUUGUGUACGUAGGAGAUAACUGUGUAGGUAUUUAGGUUAAUUACAUUUGUUUCUUCUAUUAAGUAUUUUUAGUAUUAUUAUACAAUAUUUUAUACAAAUAAAAUAUAC